GCUGGGGGUAGAUCUGUAGAGGAACUAGGAUGGGCCUGAGCGGCCUAGCUAAGGUUUGGGCCUGAGAUUAAAGGUGAGGUACUAAGGUUAAAGUGGAACAAAGGGGGAAGAGCCCUGCAGGCGCUGGGGUGCCCCGGAUGAAGAGCGUGGCUGAAGUUUAGUCUUGGGCUGAGAAGACAUCGCAGCUUAGAACGGGGCUGGGAAGGUGGGUGGAGGGGUGGGACCAGCAUGAGGCAGAGCUGAGGGCUCCAAGGGGGCGAAGCUGACAUUGGGGUUUACGGUUGCCUCGGCCCAGCUGAGGUUCAGAGUCUGGUAGAGAGGAAGAACUGGGCCGAGAGCGAUGUGGGUGAGGACGACAAUGACCGUUGAAAGGUGGACUGAGAAAGAGACUGAGGACAAUGCCAACACCUGGGAUGAUAGCAGCAGUGAUGUAAACAGGUUACCCAGUUGGGAACGAGGACAUCUGCUGGCUGGUGUGGCGUCUAGCACUGAUGCAUCUAUAUUCUCCUCUGAAGCAGCAUCUCCCCUGUUCCCUGGCAAAGUGGACAUGGUAUGUGUGCUGCCUGCAAGGGGUAGGAGGACUCAGGUUGGGAGCGAGUUCAAGGACACUGACAGGUGCUGCUGGAAUCACAAGCAGUGCACUGGGCAUAUCAUCCACCCCUUCACCUCUGACUGUGGUCACUACAAUCUGCACCUGCACUCUCUCAGCCACUGUGACUGUGACUCUAGGGUGAAAGACUGCUCAGAGAAGACAAAUAGCAGCAUCUCCCAAGAUGUAGGCCCAACCUGUUCCCGAGAUGUGGGCCCAACCUGUUUCGACAUCGUCCAGACCCCUUGCUUUGAGCUCAUCCCCGAGGAAGAGUAUGUGGAGCGGUACUGGUAUGGCUGGUGCAAAAGCUUCAGGCCUGUCUCUGUGGCAGUGAUCCACCAUCCCCUCCACCACGAAUUUAGAGAUGACCUAAAUGAAGAAGAGGAAGAGGAGGAAGAAAGCAAGCCUCCCAUCCCGACCGAGGUGGGGCCCACCGCCACCACACCCAAGGACAAAGGCAUAGGAAUGGGCACGAUCAUGGGCACAUCAGACUCGGCCGCUCCCAUUACCAUCUGGCGCUCUGAGAGUCCCACAGAGAAGUCCCAGGGCAGCAGGGUUAUCAAGAAGGUCAAGAAGAAAAAGGAAAAAGAGAAGGAUGAGGAGGAUACAGAUGAGAAGGCAAAGAUGAAGAAAAAAGUCAAGAAGGGCAAGUUGACUAAAAAGAAAAGCCCAGUUAAAUCAGAACCUUCACCUCCAGACUUGAGCAGAUCAUUAAGCCCAAGGGAGCUGGUCAGGCUGUCAGAAUCCAGCCCAGAGAGCCGGGAAGACCUGGAGAGUGAGGACAGUUACAAUGACCCCAGGCAGGAGCCCUCCAGCGAGGAUAUUGUAGAGUCAUCGCCCAGAAAGAGAGAUAAGAACACGGUCCAGGCCAAGAAACUUGGGGCAAAACCCGCUCCAAUCAAGAAAAUGAACAAGAGGAAAUCCCCCCCAGUAUCCAGCCCCAAUCUCAGUUGAGGCCGGGCGACCAGGUGAAGAAUAAAUGCCAUCCAGCCUGUCGCAAA